UAUUUGGUCUUGAAUUGUUCUGAAUGCAAUAAUUGGAUAACAAAUUGUUCACAUCUGUUCUUCAGGAAUCAUACCGCCGACCUCAUCGCAGACGCGUUGGAGUUCAUGUACACACCAUGGCCUGACAAUAGCGAUAAAUACGCACUGAGAAGCCAGCUGGUGGACAUCAUCGGUGAUUCGGUGUUUGUCGCACCAAGUCACGAGGUCGCUGACAUUCACAGUCAACACGCUCCCGUGUACAUGUACGAGUUCGCUCAUCGUUCAAAUAACGCCAGUUUCUACCCUGAGUGGAUGGGUGUUGUCCACGGGGAAGAUCUACCUUACGACUUCGGAAUCCCACUGUUACCAAGGUUUUCCGAAUAUAACGUUGUGGACAAAAACAUCAGUUUGUUUGUUAUGGCAGUCUACGCCAACUUCGCGAGGACUGGCGAUCCAACACCCCAGCCAGUCAGCGGUGUUACUUGGGAGAGGUACAACACCAGUCAUAGAGCGUACCUGCGAGUCGACGCCAGUCCCAAGAUGUCGGCGGCGUUUGCCCCGCGUCGGAUGGCUUUUUGGAACGAGUACAAUCCUAAACUGAUGCAAGUGAAGUUUGAUACCAAAGACGAAGUGACCAGCGGUGCUAGUGCUGGUGUUGCCAUGGCAACUUUUCAUCAGGUUGCCCUCGUCAUCAGUUUGGAGUUGUUUUACUUAAGACUGGUUGGGCUGAUGUGAAAUCAAACCAAUCUUUAAGACACUUAUCACGUGCGCUGCUAAACCGCUUCACUGUUGAUAAUUUUCAUAACAUCAUGUAGUUUUAUGAUUAAUUAUAUUUUAUAUUUCC